UUCACUGAGGAGGAAAAUGAGGUUCCUGGAGGUUAACAGGCAGAGCCUGGAGGAGGAACCCAGGGCUGUCUGCAUAGAGCCUGGGGGAGGCUUCUGCUGGAAGAGUGCCUGAGCUGCAUGUCUCUCGUCUCCCCCCACCCUGUGCUAUGGCCACCAGCCUCCUGUCAUGUCUCUCUAGCGAUGGGAAGCUUGGUGUGUUCAUCUCCCAAAUCGGACAAAUGAGCUAACACAGAUGCUCACUGCACUGCACUGGGGUGCCAUGUGUGCCCUCCUCCAAGCGGACACCAAGGAACCCCCUGCAUUAAGAUCCCCCACAGAACCCCCCAUGUCAUAGCCUCCACUGACCUAUGGAAUUAAGGAUCCCAUUUGGAAGCUGCGGGUCCUUUGGGUCCAGAAUGUCCAAAGUUGGGGUCAGAGCUCAAGUAGAAUCCAGGGACAGAGCAGCUGCCUCUUAAACUCUGCUCUUCCACCAGCUGAGAAGGGCCCCCGGGGCAGGGGGCAGGGCCUGGGCUGCUAUCUGUCCGGGUGGAGCUUGUCGCAACCCUGUUUACCCACCUUUGCCGCGAAGCCCCUCGGUAUGCAGUAGAUAGGAGCCAGCCCUGAGCUCGGAGGCCGCUGUGCUGCCUGCUCCGGACUCUGGCCCCACCUUGCCUCGGCACCCUGCUGCCCAGUGCUCUGUUCCUGGAGGAAGCCACAGUCCACCAAGGCCACUGACCCACUGCCGGAGCCAUGGUCCAUGGGUACAAGGGAGUCAAGUUCCAAAACUGGGCUAGGACCUAUGGCUGUUGCCCAGAAAUGUACUACCAGCCCACGUCCGUGGAGGAGGUCAGAGAGGUGCUGGCCCUGGCCAGGCAGCAGAACAAGCGGGUGAAGGUGGUGGGCGGUGGCCACUCACCCUCGGACAUCGCCUGCACCGAUGGCUUCAUGAUCCACAUGGGCAAGAUGAACCGGCUUCUCCAGGUGGACACAGAGAAGAAGCAGGUGACGGUGGAGGCCGGGAUCCUCUUGGCUGACCUGCACCCACAGCUGGGCGAGCAUGGCCUGGCCUUGUCCAACCUGGGAGCUGUGUCAGAUGUGACUGCAGGGGGCGUCAUUGGGUCCGGAACACACAACACAGGGAUCAAACAUGGCAUCCUAGCCACCCAGGUUGUGGCGCUGACCCUGCUGACAGCCGAUGGCACCAUUCUUGAGUGCUCCGAGUCCAGCAACGCAGAAGUGUUCCAGGCUGCGCGGGUACACCUGGGCUGCCUGGGAGUCAUCCUCACCGUCACCCUGCAGUGUGUUCCUCAGUUCCACUUGCAGGAGAUCACUUUCCCCUCAACCCUGGAUGAGGUUCUUGACAACCUGGACAGCCACCUGAAGAAAUCUGAAUACUUCCGCUUCCUCUGGUUCCCACACAGUGAGAACGUCAGCGUCAUCUACCAGGACCACACCAACAAGCCCCCCUCCUCUUCAGCCAACUGGUUUUGGGACUAUGCCAUCGGAUUCUAUUUAUUGGAGUUCCUGCUCUGGAUCAGUUCCUUCCUGCCAGGCCUCGUGGGCUGGAUCAAUCGCUUCUUCUUCUGGCUCCUGUUCACCAGGAAGAGGGAGAGCAGCAAUCUCAGCCAUGAGAUCUUCACCUAUGAGUGCCGCUUCAAGCAGCACGUCCAGGACUGGGCCAUUCCCAGAGAGAAGACCAAAGAGGCGCUGCUGGAGCUGAAGGCUGUGCUGGAGACCCACCCCAAGAUGGUGGCCCACUUCCCUGUGGAGGUGCGCUUCACCAGGGGGGAUGACAUCCUGCUGAGCCCCUGCUUCCAGAGGGACAGCUGCUACAUGAACAUCAUUAUGUACAGGCCCUAUGGCAAGGAUGUACCACGGUUGGACUACUGGCUGGCCUACGAGACCAUCAUGAAGAAGGUGGGGGGCAGGCCCCACUGGGCCAAGGCCCACAACUGUACCCGGAAGGACUUUGAGAAAAUGUACCCAGCCUUUUCGAAGUUCUGUGCCAUCCGAGAAAAGCUGGACCCUACCGGGAUGUUCCUGAAUGCGUAUCUGGAGAAGGUGUUCUACUGAAGCAGAAACAGAACACAUCAAGCCCACCCCAUCCCAUCCCUCAGGCCCACCUCCAGGAUGUUGAAGUCUCAGUGUCCCACAGGCCCAAUGAGGAGCCGACCUCUUUCCGUGGGCCCUCUGCUGUGGCACCCACAGCCACUCCUAUCCACAGACAACAACCCCAUGCAAAAAACACCCAAGUCUCCAAUUACAUCUCCAUGCGGCAACCCCCUCCCCUGAACUUUAGUCUGUUUUCCCAGGAUAUAGAGAAACCCUUGAAAUGUUAUGUUUCUUUAAGAGGUCAGAGCUUUGGUUAUUCACAGCUUCUACCUGCUGAAAUUCUGGGGCCCCCUUAACGUGUGUUUGGGCACAGCAGUCCUGGGUACUGUGUUCUGCCUCCUUUCACCCUCAAGGGUUUUUCAGAUGCUCAGCUGAGUGCCCACCUGCCCUAGGACUGCUCUCUCUCCGUGUCUUCCCGUCCCCCUGAUCUCCCAUCGCCUGACCUUCAAGCAUGUCUUUUCCAGGGAAUGUUUGGGGAUUGGGCCUCUCCUUGCCUUCUUUUAAAUAAAGACCAAGAACUGAUUCAC